AUGAAAAUCUGGGCACUCGCCGCCGCGGCCGCUGCCAUUCUCGCGGCGAUCGUCUCCCAGUACACGCUGUGCAGGGAUUUGCUGCUCUCUAGGCUAGGGAUUUGCUGGUUAGGAUCAUCGGGAAUAGCAGUAGCCCCAGCUAGAAAUCUCUCGCUUCUCUGGAUGGCGCCAUUCUUCUCUCCCAGCGGCUAUGGCUCCGAGGCGCUCUCCUACGUCCAAUCCCUCCGGGGCGGUGAAAUUUCGAAGAUCAAGAUCGUCCAGCAUGGGGAUUUGGAAGAUUAUCAGUACUGGAAUGGGCUCCCUCGCGAGACAAAGAAGCUGCUGCUCAGGAUGAAUGGGGAAGAAAUCCAGCUCAGGGAAUCCAUAGUCAUCUGUCACAGCGAGCCGGGAGCUUGGUUUCCACCGCUUUUUUCGACGGUUCCAUGCCCGCCUGGUGAUUAUCGCGAGCCUCUCUACGUCAUUGGCAGAACCAUGUUUGAGACCGAUCGCCUGUCUCUCGAGCACGUCAAGCGCUGCAAUGCCAUGGACGAGGUAUGGGUUCCUUCCCAGUUUAACGUGGAAACUUUUGCUUCCAGUGGAGUUUUACGCUCCAAGUUGGUCAAGGUGCCUCAAGCGGUUGAUACGCAUUUUUUCGAUCCCGGGCGAGUCACUCCACUGAAACUCUCCACAGCAGGCCGGGUUUUGGGUCGAGGUUCUGAGGAUUCGGAGUUUCUGGCAAGAAGUAGCUUCGUUUUUCUCAGUAUCUUCAAGUGGGAGACUCGGAAAGGCUGGGACGUUUUACUACAGGCAUUCUUGGAGGAGUUUUCGGCCGACGACGACGUUGCUUUGUAUGUGUUGACGAGCUCCUACCAUUCGGAUGGCCAUUUCGGUGACAAAGUUUUGGAGUUCACGCGAGCGAUGGGAUUAGAAGAGCAUUCCAGCGGCUGGCCUCGAGUUUACAUCCGUGACGCGCACGUCCCACAGGUUGAUCUUCCGCGUUUGUACAAGGCCGCCAGUGCUUUCGUGCUGCCGUCUAGAGGAGAAGGCUGGGGGAGGCCUCACGUCGAGGCCAUGGCUAUGGAACUGCCAGUGAUUGCGACCAACUGGUCAGGCUCCACGGAGUUCAUGACGCCCGACAACAGCUACGGUCUAGCAGUGGAGAGACUGAGCGAGAUCAAAGAGGGAGCUUUCAAGGGACAUAAAUGGGCCGAGCCGUCGGUGAGCGAGCUACGGAGCCUGAUGAGGCGGGUGUUCACGUACCGCGACGAGGCAGGAGCUAAAGGCGUACAAGCAAGGAAGGACAUGGUGACCAAGUACUCUCCUGAGAAGAUUGCCGACGUGAUCCUCAAAGAAUUACUCCGCAUACAAAAGCAGCGUGACAAUCGCAUGCCCGAUAAUUGGUCGGUAGCUUUGUGAGAUCUUAUUCGCUAAGCCGGGUGUAAUUUCAAGCCAUGAAUUUCUAUGAAACUUUCCGUGAUUGCGGGUCGCAAUCACGACCAAAAUUUCUCCGUGAGCAAGGGAGCCUAUACGAAGGACUUCCAGAAAAUCCCGAAGCUGUAUAUUCACAGAAGAAGUUCCACAGACCAGCCAAAGCGAACCUGUCAACCAUAUUACCAGAACUUCUCACCUCGUGUAAAACUGUAGCUCGGUAUUCUGUUUUGACAUCGUAUUUUAAUUUUUCCAGGAGUUUCCAUAUGAAUCAAGCCAAGACGACCUGACGAUGACAGACUAUCCUGCCAACAUCAAGCAAAGCACACGUAUAUGGGCAUCAGUACGAUCAAAGUGAGUGGUGUUUCAAGCACGUAACUUUUACAAAUUUCUCGCACGUUGCCUUCGCAUUCGCUUGCAACCACUACUUUCGACUUUUACAGGAUGCCUACGUAUCAUCUGUUUUCCUUCACACAUGAUGGUGAAUAGCCGAAAUCUUGGUGGUGGAGCAAUGGGUGACGCUUGAGAUCUUGGCCGGUGAUAAAUCGAGCUCUUGGGCGCCACAAAACAGGUAUCUUGCACAUAACACAUGCUCCAGGUGCGAACAGUGUCUCCCAGAGACUUUCUUGUGUGUUUUACGUCGAUAGAUUGAUAGAUCUGCGCGAGCCGAAAGGCUUCGUAGGCAAUCUAUUUUCUUCCCAGCAUCAACCUAUCGAUCGUCCUCUCCUAUAGCUACACGAAAGAGUAACCUCUUUUUGACUUU